AUGCGCCGCAGUCAAUCAGCUGUUGAGGCAACUGCUGACUAUCUCGGAACAAGGGGCUUGUCAUUUCUAAACCUAGACGGCAAACAGAAAUAUAUUUAUCCACCGAGUCCCAAAAGGGUGAACGAUAAAGCUCUUCAAAUCAUGCAGGAUGAUUUACUGAUGGACAAAAACACAGCCCCGGCUCACCAUCAGCAAGAUCCGACGCAAAUAGACCCUCCUCCCUCCUCCUCCACCCCGACCCCCUCAUUGGAGCCGUCGUCCUCAUCAUCGGGGUCGGAGAGUCCGUCGACCGGGAGCAGCAACGCGGACAAAGUGUCGAUGGAGUCACCGAUUUUGCCAGGCUUGAACUUCCAUCAGUCAGCGCAGGAGAGCGACGGUCCGAUUUCCUCCGCGUCCUCUUCGUUUGGCAGCACUUGGUCCACGGGAAACACCAACGUUUUGGACGAAAGCUUUUUCCAGGGAAUACCCUCCGUGAACGGGACGAUGCUUUUUCAAAACUUCCCCCACCACCUCAACGCGGUGUUCGGGGGUAAUUUCUCGCCGCAAAUGGCGCUCGCUCCCCAGUCUCAACAGCAUCAACAACCGGCGCAGCAGCCCCAGCAGAGAAGAUCCCCUCUCAGCCCCAACCAAGGCCCCUUCCCCCAGAGAAACGCUUAUCAGACAAUCAUGAACGCGGCUAAAGGAUCGCCUUCACCUGUAUCGUCACCCGCUUGGAAUAAUCACCAAAACGCCGGGUGGAGCACCGGCUCCAACCACCCUUGGAGCGGCGCGCAGGCAGGCAGAGACCCACGCAGAGCAGUGGGCGUCGGUUUGGGGGUCGGUGUUGGAGUUCCUUCCCCUGUGAGUCCAAUUUCCCCUAUGAAAAAACCUAUUAUUGCACCCCCGAAAUUUCCUAGAAAUGGUCCUUUCACCACCAAAGCCUGGAAUGAGGACGUUGCCUUUAGGCCUGACAGCAAUAUACUGCCUUUCCAGGACCGGAAUCGACCUUUUGAUACAUUUAGCUUGCACUCUUUGGAGAAUUCUUUAAUGGAUAUGAUAAGGACGGACCAUGACAAAGGACGUAUGGGCAUUAACUUCCAUCAUCCUGGAGCUGAACACAUAAUGCCUCUGAACACCCGGAGUUUUGGCCGCAGAAGAGGUCGUUCAUACCUUUUUCCCUUUGAAGAUGGUUUCCUUGACGAUGGCCACAGUGACCUCUCCUUGACCCCUGGUUUGAAUUCUCCAACCCGUUGUCAGAACGGUGAGAGGAUUGAGCGCUACUCCCGUAAAGUCUUUGUUGGAGGUCUACCCCCGGAUAUAGAUGAAGACGAGAUCACCAACAGUUUCCGUCGUUAUGGACACCUGGUUGUGGACUGGCCCCACAAAGCUGAGAGCAAAUCCUACUUCCCGCCGAAAGGUUAUGCCUUCCUACUGUUCCAAGAAGAGGUUUCUGUUCAGGCCUUGAUUGACGCAUGUAUCGAGGAGGAUGGGAAGCUCUACUUGUGUGUGUCCAGUCCCACCAUCAAAGACAAACCGGUCCAGAUCCGUCCUUGGAACCUGAGUGAUAGUGACUUUGUCAUGGAUGGCUCCCAGCCUUUGGACCCCCGCAAGACCAUCUUUGUAGGGGGAGUACCCCGGCCUCUGCGUGCAGUGGAACUGGCUAUGAUCAUGGAUCGCCUGUACGGAGGUGUUUGCUACGCCGGCAUCGACACGGAUCCGGAGCUCAAAUACCCAAAAGGGGCUGGCCGUGUAGCCUUCUCCAAUCAACAGAGCUACAUCGCAGCCAUCAGUGCUCGCUUUGUUCAGUUGCAGCACAAUGACAUCGACAAAAGGGUGGAGGUGAAGCCGUAUGUGCUGGACGAUCAGAUGUGCGACGAAUGCCAGGGGGCGCGCUGCGGGGGGAAGUUUGCUCCCUUCUUCUGUGCCAACGUCACAUGUCUCCAGUACUACUGCGAGUACUGUUGGGCCAGCAUUCACUCACGAGCAGGUCGUGAGUUUCACAAGCCCCUGGUGAAGGAGGGGGGCGACCGCCCUCGACACGUGUCUUUCCGUUGGAGCUGAGUAGCGUGGGUGCUUGAACACCCCGUACCCAGAUCCGUACAAAAAAAAUAACCCUCCACCAUGACAAAUAAUACCACAAAGCAUCUCAUCUUCACACCUUCUGGCCCAACUCUUUGUGUUCCCCUCUAAUGAAGCAUUGUGAGAAUGAAAGCUUAAAAUUUGCACUUUGGCACAACACCUCAAUCAAACACAGAAGUUCAAACUUCAGAAACUUGACUGCUCUCAGAUCUGUCUUUGACUGAGUUGGCAAGGCCCCCCUCAAAGAGAGGUGGGACCUGAUGAAUAUUUGAAAAAGUCUUUUAGUUUUUUACCUAUCCAUAAACUGUACAUGGAAUAUUUUGAUUUAAUGUAAAAAGAGCAUGCACUUACUGUACUUUAAAAAGACACCAUAUGCAUAUACAUACAAUCAAUUUACCGUAAUUCCACAUUAUUUUACAAGAAAACUAUUUGUUCAUUUAUAAGUCACACUGGACUAUAAGACGCUGAUGUCCAACUUGUACUGUAUUAUGGGCGAUAUACACCAAAAGACAUGCAGCACAUUAGCCUCUAAAAAUCCAUAAAUUAGCCGCAUGGACUAUAAACUGCCGGGUUCAAACUGAAGUACACAUUUUGUGCUUUAUAAUCCGAAAACUACGGUACACACAUAUUUUUCAGACUUUAAGUCAUAUCGGAAUAUAAGUCGCACUGGAGUCGCAUAAUUGGGAGAAACUUGUUUUAUCAGACUAAGCGUAAACAUUAUAUUUGGGCUGCAGCUAUCGAUCAUUUUAGUAGUCGAUUAAUCGAUGAACUAGUUAGUUCGAAUAAUCGAGUAAUCGGAUAAGGAACAUGAAAAAUUAAAAUACCUGGGAUGAGCCUCAAACAGUAUAAAAGAUAAAUAAAUGAGGAUCUAUGUAGAAAAAAAGAACAAUUGGCUAACUUACAUAGAAAACGUUAGCUAGCUUAAAUGCUAUAAAACUUUUUUUUUUUUUUUUUUUUUUUUUACAAAGAUCUUAACAAAUGGUUCAGACUCAUAUUCCCACAAAAAAAAAAAAAAAAAAAACGGCUAAAUAUACCUAUAAAUUAAACUACAAAUGCAUUAAAAAACAUUAGCCCAAACAAAAACGUAGCUUACGUUGGUCUUAUCGGGGAGCAGUUGGAUUCAGCCAUGUGAAAUGAGGCAGACCAGAGGGCAGUGUAUCCACCCUAAUCAAUAAAACUAAAUGUACACACUUUCAAAACAAACCAUUACAACGGCACUUUAAUUAAACGAAUACUCGAAGCAACAAAAUUUAAUUCGAGAAUUUUUUUUCUUAUCAAAUACUCAAGUUAAUCGAUUAAUCGUUACAGCAAGACAUUAUAUACUAUAGUAAUAACAAUAAGAUGGCGAAAACACAUAUAUAAAUAGAACAUUUUAACAGUAAUUCAAAUAACUACCGUAAUUUUCGGGCUAUAAGCCGCACCCCACAAAUUUGACACAAAACGGCAUUUUUUAAUAGAUAAACUGCAUCGGACGAUAAGCCACAGGGACAGUCACACCUAAAGACUACUGUUGUCGCGAUACUAUAUUUUCAACUUGAUAUCUACAGUAUACUAAAAAAAAAAAAAAAUACUCUAUACCAUUUUCGAUACCACAUAAAUUUGAAAAAAAAAAAAAAAGUUUGAGGAAAUCAUUCAUUGCCAUUGGACUUUGUUAGCCGUCCAGUCUUGUGGCUCAUGAAAAAUUAAAUAACAAGAGUUAUGACUACUAGACGUCCAAUCCAUUUGAACUGGGAGGGUGGCAGCGAAUUAAUGUUCAUUCGCUAAUAGCCUUCCCACUUCAAAUGGAUUGGACGUCAAGCGCAGUCAACAGCAGCCAAAAUUAACAAGGAAAAUGCAAAAAUAUCCUCCCUUACUAUCAAGAGUCGUGCAGAAUCAAAUUUUCGCCAUGACAACAAAAUUCUCAUAACCUGUGAUAGCUCGAAAACCAAUAGAUAACUGAGUAAUAUCUUAUCCCAAUACAACAUUUCAGUAUCAAAACAAUUCAAUACUUUUAACAACCCUACCAAAGACAUACACCUUAUCGGCCUGGAAAAUCCCAUAUAUAAGACGCUCUGGACUACAAGCCGCAGGGUUCAAAGCUGAAGGAAAUAGUAGCGGCUUAUAGUCGGAAAAUUACAGUACGUUUAACUAUAGAAGCACUCUUAGAGAGCAGACUUCCGCCUAAGCAGCCAAAUUUAAAGCAUCACCACAUUUCUGACCUCUGUAACCUUUGACCUAUAACUAUUUCUCUUCUCAUAUCGCCUACCCUGCAAAUUUGAGUUAAAUAGGGUAAGCCCUUAUCAUAGACUUCACUAUCAGUUGACGGGACACGUGGUUCGGGGCCGAUCCGUAGGGGGCCUAUGUUUAAAAACCUAAAAUUAAAAUAUUUUCAAAACCAAAGUUUUUAGCGACCUAAAACCAAAACAGGCACCUCCCAUAGGCGUAUAUGAGUCUCCAUGAGCAGCAGCAUUCAAAAAUUCAUAGUCAUUCCCUAUUAAAAUCCCAAUUAAUCAUUUCUUAUAUAAGUAUAACAAAACUUAAAAUGGCUAUAAAAUUCUCAAAUUUUACGCUAGAUGCACAAAAAUCACCAAAUGCAGAUAUAAUCACCUAUAUUUUUAGGAGCAAUAGCAAUAUUUAACAUAUCAUAUAAGUUUUUGCCUGAAAUAGCAACUUAUUUUUUAGUUUAGUUUAGUCUUAGUUUUUUUUAUCAAGUGCAAGUUUUCAACAGCUUAUAAAUCACACAAAUUUCACAUCAGAAACUUAAUACUUGAGGAAAGCAUGCAGAAUCAUCUUAAUUUUACUCAACAAAAUCAAAGUUUGCAUUUUUCUAAUACAAUCACAAUUUAUUUAGGUUAAAUUCCGAUGUUACAAUUGCCUCAGCGUGGAGGCACGUUUUGCUGGCUAUCUGCCCUUUGUUGUUUUUAGAUUGAAAUGAUACAUAAAAUAAAACACGUAAAAGGCUAAUUGUUUUUUGUAUGGAAGCAAAAAUGCCUAAAUUACUAAUUUUUUUGCCAAAAACGGGCAGUUGGCCGAAAAUUACCUGAUCAUUUGAAUGUAAAGUUACGCUCUUGUGUAAGAAUAGAAAAUACAACAUGGUACCAUCACAAAACAAAGAGCUUUUUAAGUUGAAAAUUUUUGUAAAUAAAUGCGUACAUCCCGGAAUUUCUUUAGAUAUGAACAUAAAACUGUCUAGAUUUUUGGUUAAAAGCAAAAAAACGGGCAGUUAUUUUUCAUUUUACGUAAAUAUUUCAAGCUAGUUACGCAAUUGCGUAUGGAUACAAAAUCCAACGUGGCGGCUGUCACAAAACAAAGAGCUUUUUAAAUUGAAAGUUCUUGUAAAUAAAUGCGUACAUCCCAGAAAUUCCUAUAGAUAUGAAUGUACAACGGUUUAGAUUCUUGGUUAAAAGGAAAAAAAAAAAAAACGGGCAGUUAUUAUUCAUUUUACGUAAAUAUUUCAAGCUACAGUUACGCAAUUGUGUAUGGAUACAAAAUCCAACGGGGCGGCCGUCACAAAACAAAGAGCUUUUUAAGUUGAAACUUCUUGUAAAUAAAUGCGUACAUGCCGAUAUUUAUAUAGAUAUGAACGUAAAACGCUUUAGAUUCUUGGUUAAAAGCAAAAAACUGGGCAGUUAUUCAUUUUACGUAAAUAUUUCAAGCUAAAAUUACACCAAUUUUUUCCUUUCAUUUCAUUGUUCUCACAACGUUUCAAGGUGCAUGCAUGGUGCUAUUUUCUAUGAUAAUUACCUUGAAUCCUUGACCAAAUACUCUUGAGACACUAUUGCCUGCUUGUAUGCACUAAAACUUUCGUCCUGUUUCCUUUUCCACCGAAAUCCGGCGUUUGAACACACCGGGUGUUUGAGUUUAUCACAGUUAAAGCUGCCACCAAUCUCAGCCUGGCCCGGCCUCCUACAGGAAGCCAUGGCGCAAUGUGUGUAGGAGCUGUCUCGUCAACUGAUAGUGAAGUCUACGUAUGAAGUCUACCUAUGACCUAUCACCUACCCUGAAAAUUUGAAUUAAAUAGGGUAAGCCUUUACGAAGGUAUCACGAAAUUCCUUUUUGACCUUUGAUCUAAUGACCCUAAAAUAUUAAUCAAACUUUUUCAUUUCAUAUUACAAACAUCCCGCGAUUUCGAUAAUAAUCCCUGAAUUCGUUCUUGUAUUCUCUUAAACACAAACAUACUGACAGACAGACAAGGAAUCGAAUAUUUAAACUCUACUUUCCGUAGGUUCAACUACCGGCGAAGGUAACGAAACAAGUCUUCAUCUUUAGUAUCAUUUCUGAAUAAUUCUGCCAACUCAACAGUAGAGGGCUCGCCUAGAGCGCCCUUCAGUGUGAAAAUACCCCCACAAAAAACUCAGUAUAUUAAUUGCAUCUUGAGUAUAAAUCACAGGCCCAGGCAAUCUAUGAAAAAAGGUGUUUUAUAAUCCAGCAAAUACGGCAUCUAUGUAUUCAAAAAUCUGCAUGUGUGUGUACAUUAAGAGACAUUGUCUCAUCCAAAACCCGUCAUGCCCUGAAAUUAUGAAAAUCCCCCAAUUUAUCUUAUCGCUCUAUAAAUUUUUUUAUACUUCAUACAGGCAACCAGACUAGUUUGGGGUUGAUUUCUAGGUCCUUAUAUUUUGAUAACAUUUUUUAAAGAAUUCUAUAAAUAUAAUGCUGCAAAGGCUUUGCUGCUAAAUUGAUGGUAUGCGCACAUAUGACAAGUGCACACCUCACAUGUAAAAAAAAAAAUCUAGAGGGGCGCUCUCAACACAAAGAUUGCCGCCAUUGAAGUGCAUGUUUAAUUAGGUCGCCGUUCGCGAUCGGCUUUUUAAUACUGCCCAUGUUUGCACAACACAUUACAGACUCAUCCAGAGGCAGUGAAUAUACAAGGCGUUGGGUGGGUAGCGCAUCUUUAAGUAUCACAAAUCCAAUUCGGUGUAAAAUAGCCAUGACAAACUGUCUCUGAUAGGUGAAGUACUUUUUUGCAGUGAUUGUUGUUAUCAUUGUGCAAUUUUUAUACCGUAUCUAGUAAGGUCAGAGUAUGCAUAGAACUGUGAUUCGCUUUAACUGUUGUUCGUGUCCGACAUAGUGAUGAUGUUUCACAGGACUUACAGUAUAUAGUACACGUGUAUUUGUGCGCUAGUACACCCCCUCACACACUAAAUUAAUGCUACCCUUGAAUUGUGCAUUACAAUAAUUUCAAGUGACAUUAGUAAUAGCUACAGUUUUCUGAAAAUCCACCAUUGCUGAUUUUGUGGUUCAAAACAAUUAUUUUGAUUUUAAAAAAUUAUCGAAACUGGCACAUUAACAAAAAUGAUGGUGCCCUUAAUCUUUAUAGGGCAGGUAACUAUUUUUGGUAAUUAAAAAAAAAAAAAAAAACGAUGUAUGUUCGUGUAUGUAUAUAUAUAUAUAUAUAUAUAUAUAUAUAUACACACACACACACACACACACACACACACACACACAUACUGUUUAUGAAUCUUUAAAUAUGAUUUUAUAUAUUUUUUAUGAAUGAAUAAAGUUAUAAAUUAUGUUAAUAAAAGAAAAAUUAAUACAAUCAAAAUGAAUAAAAACAGAACUACACUCAUUAAAGUCCCUAGUAACAAAGUUGUUGAGUUAUAGGUUUAACUCUAUAUUUUGUAUCACACCAUUCUGACACAAUUGCAGUGAAGAAAAGUAUUUGAACACCCUGCUAUUUUGCAAAUUCUCACACUUGGAAAUCCUGGAGUAGUCUGAAAUUUUUAUCAUAGGUGCAUGUCCACUGUAAGAGGGAUAGUCUAAAAAGAAAAAUCCAGAAAUCACUGCAUGAUUUUUUAAAACAAUUUAUUGGUGUGAUACAGCUGCAAAUAAGUAUUUGAACACCUGUCUAUCAGCUUGAAUUCUGACCGUGAAAGACCUGUUAGUCCUAUGAUUAAAAGUCCACCUCCACUCCAUGUAUUAUCCUGAAUCAGAUGCACUUGUUUGAUAUCGAUAGCAGCAUAAAGACACCUAUCCAUCCAGUUGAGAGUAACAAAACUUUUUGGUCAUAAUUCCACUAACCGUGUUUGGAGGCAAAAGAAUGAGUACUAUCUCAAGAACACCAUCCCUACUGUGAAGCAUGGGGGUGAUAGCUUCAUGCUUUUGGGGUGUUUUUCUGCGCAUGGGACAGGACGAGUGCACUUUAUUAAAGAGAGAAAGACUGGGGCCCUGUAUUGUGAGAUUUUGGGGAACAACCUCCUUACUUCAGUCAGAGCAUUAAAGAUGGGUGGUGCCUGGAUCUUCCAACAUGACAAUGACCCGAAGCACACAGCCAGGAAAACCAAGGAGUGGCUCCGUAAGAAGCAUAACAAGGUUCUAGCAUGGCCUAGCCAGUCUCCAGACCUAAACCCAAUAGAAAAGCUUUGGAGGGAGCUCAAACUCCGUGUUUCUUAGCGACAGCCCAGAAACUUGACUAAUGGUUGGGCCAAGAUCCCUCCUGCAGUGUGUGUAAACCUGAUGCAAAACUACAGGAACCAUUUGACCUCUGUAAUUGCAAACAAAGGCUACUGUACCAAAAUAUUAACACUUGUUUUCCCAGGUGUUCAAAUACUUAUUUGCAGCUUUAUCACACAAAUAAAUCGUUGAAAAAAAAUAUAGUUACUUCGGGAUUUUUCAUCCUAGAUGAUCUCUCUCACAGUGGACAUGCACCUACGAGAAAAAUUUCAGACCCCUCCAUGAUUUCUAAGUGGGGGAACUUGCAAUAGCAGGGUGUUCAAAUACUUGCAGUGUAUCACAAAAGUGAGUACACCCCCUUACAUUUCUGCAGAUAUUUAAGUAAAUCUUUUCAUGGGACAACACUGACAAAGUGACAUUUUGACACUAUAAAAAGUAGUCUUUGUGCAGCUUAUAUAAUAGAGUUAAUUUAUUUUCCCCUCAAAAUAACUCAAAAUAUAGCGAUUAAUAUCUAAUCCACCGGCAACAAAAGUGAGUACACCCCUUAGUGAAAGUUGUCAAUAUUAACAUACAACAUGUCACCUGUUAAUAUUUUGUGUGGCCACCACUAUUAUCCAGAACUGCCUUUAAUCUCAUGGGCAUGGAGUUGACCAGAGCUUCACAGGUUGCCACUGGAAUGCUCUUCCACUCCCCUAUGACGACGUUGCGGAGCUGCCGGGUAUUUGAGACUUUGUGCACCUCCACUUUCCGCUUGAGGAUCCCCAAAGAUGUUCUAUUGGGUUCAAGUCUGGAGACAUGCUUGGCCAGUCCAUCACCUUUACCCUCAGCCUCUUCAGUAAAACAGUGGUCAUCUUGGAGGUGUGUUUGGGGUCAUUGUCAUGCUGGAAUACUGCCCUGCGACCCAGUUUCUGGAGAGAGGGGAUCAUGCUCUGCUGCAGUAUUUCACAGAACAUGUUCAUGUUUCCCUCAAUUGAAUGUAACCCUCCACCACCUGCAGCACUCAUGCAGCCCCAGACCGUGACAUUCCCACCACCCUGCUUGACUGUAGGCAUGACACACUUAUCUUUGUACUCCUCACCGGGUCGCCGCCACACAUGCUUGAGACCAUCGGAACCAAACAAAUUAAUCAUUGUCUCAUCAGACCAUAGGACAUGGUUCCAGUAAUCCAUGUGCUUUGUUGACAUGUCUUCAGCAAACUCUUCAGGAGAGGCUUCCUCCUGGGGUGACAGCCAUGCACACCAAUUUGAUGUACAGUAGAGUAUGGCGUAAGGUCUGAGCACUAACAGGCUGACCCCCCCACCUCUUCAAUCUCUGCAGCAAUGCUGACAGCACUCCUGCGACGAUCUUUCAAAGAAAGCAUUUGGAUGUGGCGCUCGGCACGUGCGCUCAGCUUCUUUGGACGACUAACCCGAGGCCUGUUCUGAGUGGACCCUGCUCUUUUAAAACGCUGGAUGAGCUUAGCUUCUGUGCUGCAGCUCAGUUUCAGGGUGUUGGCAAUCUUCUUGUUGCCUUGGCCAUAUUCAUGUAGCGCAACAAUACGUCUUUUAAGAUCCUCCGAGAGUUCUUUGCCAUGUAGUGCCAUGUUGGAUCUUUCAGUGACCAGCAUGAGAGAGUGUGAGAGCUGCACUACAAAUUUGAACACACCUGCUCCCUAUGCACACCUGGACUUAGUGACACUAACGAGUAGUGUUGUUAAUCUUACUGAAAAAAAGUAAUUAAUUAUAGUUACAAAUUACUUCUCCCAAAAAGUAAUUGCGUUAGUAACUCAAUUAGCUGAAUGUAAGACUAAUUAGUUACUUGGCAAAGUAAUUGGUGAUAAUUACUUUUGUAUUUUACUCAAAAAACAAACAAACAAACAAACAAACAAACAAACAAACAAACAAAAAACAUUGGCCACACUAUGUGAAGUUUUUUGUGAAGGUUUUUGGUACAAUUGGCCCGAGCCCAAUUCUUUACCCUAAUUUACCCUGAAUCAACUGUUAAAAGUUGUUAAAAUUGCUCCCAUUAUUGCAUUAGUUCCCUUCUCUCUACUUUCGACAUAUGAAAGUUGUAAAACUGUUUCAUCAUUUAAAGAUAGAUUCAAGUCAAGAUUAUGCCGAUUUAGAAGUAUUUUAGAUAAAAAGUUACUUAGGUUCGCUAGGAAGGUUCUCUACAACAGAGCCGUCCUAAAAAGUCUACUGCUUUAAGAUGGUGGCUGUUUACUAACGCAUCUAGUGCCGUGUCUGUCAUUUUGCAUCUAGUUAUAUCUAUAUACAGUAUGUGUGAUAUCUACCAUAUCUACCAUAACAUGCGGGCGUAGUUCGUAGGCUAUCGGCUACAACAUGUAUUAUUGGAGCUACCUAGCAUUGGGUUUGCUCGGCGUUACAACUUUCUUGCCUCCUCCCCACUCCUGCUCUGCUCUGUCGGCUCGGUGAGUCCGUCUCCCUCAGACUUUUCGACCAAUAUAAUAACGCAUAGUAACGCAUGCCUUUCCGUCCUCAGUAAUGGUAACGGUGUUGCCAAGAUGAGAAAAGUAAUUAAUUAGAUUACUCACUACUGAAAAAAAUAACUCUGUUAGUAACGCCGUUAUAUUGUAACGCCGUUAUUAACAACACUGCUAACGAGUCACAUGAGAUUUUGGAGGGAAAAUGACAAGCAGUACUCAAUUUGGACAUUUAGGGAUGUAGUUUCUAAGAGGUACUCACUUUUGUUGUCAGGGGUUUAGAUAUUAAUGGUUAUAUUUUGAGGGGAAAAUAAAAUAAAAAUAAAAUUAACUAUAUAAGCUCUAUUAACUCUAUAUAAGCUGCACACUAUGGGGCGCCGUUUGUAAAGCAGCACUUGCUCAAAAUUACGACAACAUUUUCUCACAUUUAGCGCCACACAGUGUUUAAAAUGCUGUGAAAUUUUUAGAAUCACUUUUUUUUUGCACAUUUACAACAUUAUUUAGCAACUUAAAUAUUCAUUUUUAAAUAAGUUAUGGACCCGAUUCUUUAAAUCCAGAACAAAAUAUUUAAUUUAAAUCUUAAACUUAUAUCCUAUAUGCUAAAUGUUAAAUCAGGAAACGUUCGGAACUAAACAUUUAGCUUAAUAUGCAAAUUCACAUGACUGGAGACCGGAAGUAACAAAAUAAAAGCUGGUAGAGCAGCUCAGACUGCGUGUUUGCGUUGCUUGAAAAUGAAUAAAACCUACUAUACGGUGGCAGUCUGCUCUUGGACAUGAGUCAUUGUGAUAAUAACAAUAUAUAGGUAAAAUACAUAUAUAGGAGAAACUAUUUAAAGAGUAUUUUGUGUGCUCCAGCUUUUAUUUUGUUACUUCCCUUGUCCAGUCAUGUGAAUCUACAUAUUAAGCUUAAUAUUUAGUCCCAACCGCUUCCAGAUUUAGCCUUUAGGAUAUAGGAUAUAAAUUUAGGAUAAGUUCUGGAUUUAAACAAUCAGGUCCAAAACUUCUUAUUUAAAAAUAAAUAUUUAAGUUGCUAAAUAAUGUUGUAAAUGAGUUAAAAAAAAAAAAAAAAAAAAAAAAAAAAAGUGACACUAAAAAUUUCACACCACGUUUUAAGCACUGUCUGACGCUAAAUGUGAGAAAAUGUUGUCGUAAUUUUGAGCAUGUGCUGCUUUACAAACGUUGCCCAAUAGAACACAGACUACUUUUUAUUUUGUCAAAAGUGUCAUUUUGUCAGUGUUGUCCCAUGAAAAGAUAUACAUAAAUAUCUACAGAAAUGCGAGAGGUCUAUUCACUUUUGUGAUACACUGUAUUUUCUUCACUGUAUACUUCAGUCAAACACUACAUGAGAUAUCACACUUCAAUAUUUUUUAAUUUCAUGGAGUAAAUUUUGUUUAGAGUACUAAUAGUUUAGCCUCCAAUACUCACAAUACAUUUAGGUUUGACAACAAUAACAAAAUACUACAUAUAUAUAUAUGAAAAUUAAAUAAACUAAAAUACAGUGCCCAAUACCCCUGUCUUUUUGUAAAUUGUUAUGACACAUCAAAUAGCUUUCUUUUCAAUGCACGCAAACCAAUUUAGAAAGAAGACAACUUUAGAUAAAAAAAAAAAAACAUUUGAAUGACUUGUUAAUGUCCAGAAGUCAACCAAAGAGCUUUAGACCGUUGACAAGCAGCCUAACACGAAGAGCUGUGCGUGUAGAAUAUGCCUGUGGAUGUGAGUGGAGCUUGAAAAAAAAAAGGCACAUGUUCUCUACACACUAAUACAAAAAGUAUAUAUGUAUAUUUACACAUUAGGGGUGAACUAUGAACCCUCGUUUAUUUUGUCCUGCAAAGCUUGAAGUAACUGACCUGCUAACAAUCUUUGUGUUUUGUAUGAAAAAGGUCUGAUGAUGGCAAAUGACACUGGUUUAUAGCAGUUUUGUGGACAAUCUGUAAAGGAUUUUUGCAAGGUCACUUUUUAUUUUUGCUGGGGGUUAAUUGUGCCAUGCCCUGAAUUCCAUCUCCUGUUUUAGUCACAAACUGUUUUAAUGUUGUUUGUAUUUUUUCUCGUUGUUGUUGACGUCCAGAAAAAUGAGCAGAAGUGUUUUUUUAUCGAUGGAAUGAAGAUUAAACGAAACUAGAGGCUAACUACGUAUAUACAGUGGGGCAAAUAAGUAUUUAGUCAACCACUAAUUGUGCAAGUUCUCCCACUUGAAAAUAUUAGAGAGGCCUGUAAUUGUCAACAUGGGUAAACCUCAAGCAUGAGAGACAGAAUGUGGGGGAAGAAAAAAACCCAACAGAAAAUCACAUUAAUUUUUAAAUAAUUUAUUUGCAAAUCAUGGUGGAAAAUAAGUAUUUGAGAGUUCAUCUCAAUACUUUGUUAUGUACCCUUUGUUGGCAAUAACGGAGGCCAAACGUUUUCUGUAACUCUUCACAAGCUUUUCACACACUGUUGCUGGUAUUUUGGCCCAUUCCUCCAUGCAGAUCUCCUCUAGAGCAGUGAUGUUUUGGGGCUGUCGUUGGACGACACAGACUUAUAACUCCUUCCACAGAUUUUCUAUGGGGUUGAGAUCUGGAUACUUGCUAGGCCACUCCAGGACCUUGAAAUGCUUCUUACGAAGCCACUCCUUUGUUGCCCUGGCUGUGUGUUUGGACUCAUUGUCAUGCUGAAAGACCCAGCCAUGUCUCAUCUUCAAUGCCCUUGCUGAUGGAAGGAUAUUUUCACUCAAAAUCUCUCGAUACAUGGCCCCAUUCAUUCUUUCCUUUACACAGAUCAGUCGUCCUGGUCCCUUUGCAGAAAAACAGCCCCAAAGCAUGAUGUUUCCACCCCCAUGCUUCACAGUGGGUAUGGUGUUCUUCGGAUGCAAUUCAGUGUUCUUUCUCCUUCAAACACGAGAACCUGUGUUUCUACCAAAAAGUUCUAUUUUGGUUUCAUCUGACCAUAACACAUUCUCCCAGUCCUCUUCUGGAUCAUCCAAAUACUCUCUAGCAAACCGCAGACAGGCCUGGACAUGUACUGGCUUCAGCUGGGGGACACGUCUGGUAGUGCAGGAUUUGAGUCCCUGGCGGCGCAUUGUGUCACUGAUAGUAGCCUUUGUUACUGUGGUCCCAGCUCUCUGUAGGUCAUUCACUAGGUCCCCCAGUGUGGUCCUGGGAUUUUUGCUCACCAUUCUUGUCAUCAUUUUGACGCCACAGGGUGAGAUCUUGCAUGGAGCCCCAGAUCGAGGGAGAUUAUCAGUGGUCUUGUAGGUCUUCCAUUUUCUAAUAAUUGCUCCCACAGUUGAUUUCUUUACAUCAAGUGUUUUACCUAUUGCUAGAGAUGGGAUGCUCGAGCCUUCCUGCUCGAAUCUGAUUCGAGCAAAUGAAGUAGAGGUGUGUCAAAGCAGUGUUCCGAAAACAGCGUCGAGCAGGCCAAAAAUCACGUGACCACUGCCGACGAGGCCUCGAACGUCACAGAUGUGUCAGCGAGUCACAGUGUUUCCACAGGAAAAUGAAAACUCGAUGGGAGCCCGCCCGCUCAAUCGGUGGGAGUGCAAUAAAAAGUGGUAAAAUAACGCAGUUAUUCUGCGUUUUUUUGAGAGAAGGAAUUUUCGCGAGUGCUACAAACAUUUGCUCAUUUUCAAGUCAGGAGUGGGAAUAUCAUUAUCACUUAAAUUUCAUUAAAUUCAUUCACAUUGUUAUACACUAGAUAGUGGCUUACGUUUAUUUAGAACAGAUACAAAUACGACACAAACACCCCCCCAGAAAUUAUUCUUAAUUAAAAAAUAAACAAUUUCAUACCUUUCCUUACUUUUGUUCGGCUCAAUUAUUUUCAUCUUAUGAUUUUGGAAAUCUUUAUGGUAUGCAAUAAAUAAUAUCCCUGUUCCUAAGCACUGUGCUUACUAUACUGUAAUAUUUAGAAAAAACUAACAAUACCAUCCAUCACACAUCCACUUAAUUCUAUUGAAGAUAUGUAAUGUUGAGGCAAUUUGACAACUUUAGUUUUAAAAAGAAACAUGCACUGUUUAUCCAGUAGAUGGAGCUCUUGCAGUGUGUCAAAUGCCUCGAAACAGUGAUUCAAUUUCGGGCAAUUGUCUCAAAAGUGGUUCAUUGCUUCAGGAAAGCCUUGGUUUUUCCGUCCCUACCUAUUGCAGAUUCAGUCUAUCCCAGCCUGGUGCAAGUCUACAAUUUUGUCUCUGGUGUCCUUCGACAGCUCUUUGGUCUUGGCCAUAGUGGAGUUUGGAGUGUGACUGACUGAGAUGUGGACAGGUGUCUUUUAUACCGAUAAUGAGUUAAAACAGGUGCCAUUAGUACAGGUAACGAGUGGAGCCUCGUUAGACCUUGUCAGAAGUUAGACCUGUUUGACAGCCAGAAAUCUUGCUUGUUUGUAGGUGACCAAAUACUUAUUUUCCACUCUAAUUUGGAAAUAAAUUCUUUAAAAAUCAAACAAUAUGAUUUUCUUUUUUUCCCCACAUUCUGUCUCUCAUGGUUGAAGUUUACCCAUGUUAACAAUUACAGGCCUCUUUAAUCUUUUCAAGUAGGAGAACUUGCACAAUUGGUGGUUGACUAAAUACUUAUUUGCCCCACUGUACGUAAAUAUGUAUCCCGAUGAAAGUGAAUUUGGGGUGUUUUUGUGACGUAUAUUUGCCACCCAAGCAGAUUUUCUGUUUGUUCUUUCUCUACGGGAUAGUUGUUUGUUAUGCACUACUCUUUAUCUACUUAUUUUUGUUAAAACAUGAAAAAAAAGAGAUGGUAAAGCUUGCUAUUUUGACUGACAAUAUCUUUUGCAAUACCUCAAUUUUGAAAUGUAACAAAUUUAUUUUCUAAGUUUAUUCAGAUGGAAAAAUAUAUUAAUUUAAUCAAGAGAAAUUAUUUAACUUUUUUUUUUAUUAUUAUUUGCUUGAUUUUUAAGAAUUUAUUUUUUUGAAAAGCUACAGAUGAAGGAGUUAGAACUUAUUAACUAAUAUAUUGCAUAGUUUGUGUGACAGUUUUGCAUAUUUUAUUGCGGGCGCAUUGGAAAUGAGAUUUGUUUUUAAAUUUUUUCACAACAUUUUGUACCUUUAUAAUCACUUGCGUAUUAUGUUGCUUGUUUUUAUUUCUUUCUAAAGAUGUGUACUUGGAUGGUUUGUUUUUCGUUUAUUUUUAUUUUUUUUCAAAGAAUGAUUGGUAAUAGGAAUGUUUUUUUAAAUAUAAAACAGACGCAAGUUGGCCGAUAGCCCCCAAGGUGCAUCAAAACUGGUGGCCUUUAGCUCAUGCAACACUUGAAUCACUUGAAUUUGUUCCUUUUCCCUUGUCAAGCUAAGGACGUCUUUGUUUGUGAUGUGCAAUACUGUUUGUACUAUUUGUAAGAAAAAAAAAGACAAAAAUCUGGGAAAAAAAUAAUAAAUCUAUACUGCAGAAUUA